AGAGACACCAACUGUCUCUGGUUGGUUGACGUCUAUCUUUGGUGCGUUUGUGAUGUUUUGAGUCCAUAUAACCUUACAUAUUUACGCGGAUGUGAAUAGGUUUUUUUUUAAAUAAUUUUUCUUAUAAUAAUGGUGGCUAAAGUGAAAUGGAAGUUGAACUGCAGUGGUUUAGUGAUUGUUUUUUUGUACUUUUGUGCUUUUAAAUGUGCUACAGGACACAAAGCAUGUUCUCAUGUGCACCCUAAACAUCAUGAGGUUAUUCACACCCAUAUAGAGCCGGCGCAUGUGAUGAAAAAAAGGGAGGCUGAUCAACCAUUGCGGAUACUGUUGAAAUAUGAUGAUAGUGUAUAUAGAUUGGAUCAAGAGAGAUUUAAAUUAAUCAAUGACACGAUAUUACCAGAGGCAGUGAGUUUCUGGGAAAAAGCUUUAUUUGUUAGAAAAGUUGAGAACGUUAUUCGCCUUAACAGAAAAUGCAACGAAAGUCAAAUCUUCGUCAAAGAUAAUUACACGCACUGCAUAGAUGCGUGCAAGGAAAAAACGAUGUGCGGAGAAGUCGAAGUUCCUGAAGACCAUCUAGACGUAUGCAGAAUAUGUAACGCCACCGGACAAGAUUGCCGCGUAGCCGAAGGCUCCACCGCCGGCAACGGCAUACGAAAUUACGAUUUCGUUUUCUACGUGUCGGCCAUGCAGACAGAACGAUGCAAUAAGUCCCUCACUGUCGCCUAUGCCGCGCAUUGUCAACAAGAACUCGCUCUCGAUCGUCCGAUUGCAGGUCACGCGAACCUUUGUCCAAAUAGCAUUAGCACAAAACGCCAGGAAUUGGAAAUUCUACUGUCGACCGUUAAGCAUGAAAUUCUACAUGCGUUGGGAUUUUCUGUGAGCCUUUACGCGUUUUAUCGCGAUUCGAGGGGAGAGCCGCUAACGCAACGCAGACCUGACACGGGAAAGCCACCUUUAAACGAAACCCUGCAGACUUAUCAGUGGAGCGAUUCGGUGAUAAAAACCUUCAAACGGCAAAAUUGGCUGGUGAGAUCGGGCGUGAUGAAGAGAGAUGUGCAGAUGAUUGUCACCCCGAAUGUGGUCAGAGAAGCGCGAGACUAUUUCAAUUGCUCGACUUUGGAGGGUGCCGAAUUGGAAGAUCAAGGCGGCGAAGGCACGGCACUAACUCAUUGGGAGAAAAGAGUUUUUGAGAAUGAAGCGAUGACUGGAACUCACACCCAGAACCCGAUCAUAUCUAGAAUAACAUUGGCAUUACUGGAAGACACUGGCUGGUAUGUGGCGAAUUAUUCCAUGGCCGGGGAGAUGUCAUGGGGAAAAAAUUUGGGCUGCGAUUUUGUGACGAAAAGUUGCAAGGAAUGGAUUACCAUGAAGGCAGCCAAAGGCUUUUCAAUUCACCCGUUUUGUAAUAAAUUGAAGCGCGAACCUCUUCAAACAGAAUGUACCGAUGACCGCACUUCAGUCGCUCUCUGCAACCUUGUACAACACGCACAACAAUUACCCAAGCUCUAUCAGAAUUUUGACUACAUCCAACAUGUGGAUCCAGGCAAAGAGGGUUACUACGGUGGAUCAGUCACAUUGGCAGAUUAUUGUCCUUACAUUCAGGAAUUUACAUGGCGAUCGAAGAAUGUUAUAGUACGUGGUUCACAUUGCCAAUACGUUGAGAACAAUCCUAAGCCGGAUAAAAAUUUUGCGUUGGAAAAAUACGGAGAAAAUUCCCGGUGCUUCGAGCAUACAAACCAGAUGUGGGAGGAAAGAUCUUGCAGACAGAUGAGGCAAUGGCAGCAUUGGGGAAGCGGUUGCUAUGGUUACCGAUGUCAAAAUGGUAGAUUACACAUUUUGGUUGGAAAUUAUUCUUAUGAGUGUUAUCAUGCGAAUCAGGAGAUAUCAAUUCGAAUUAUUAGCAAUGGUUGGCUACAUAAGGGGGCCGUUAAAUGUCCCCCUUGUAAAGAAAUAUGCGCGAAGGAGUUUAAAGCCCGAGGGGAGAGAUGUAAACUGGGGGAUGAGUCCCCACCCUCGACUUCCUAUCCCAGGGAUGACCUACAUUGCGGUUCAAAUAGCUUGAUAAUAUCAAGUUACGUAUGGUUUUUGUCGCUUAUACCGAGCCUGUACGCCAGAUUAAGUAUUAAUUAACUAAAAAGUUUUUAAUUUUUUUAAUUUAGUCGCAAUUGUGUCAUAGUAGUUUUGAAACACUCAGUAUAAUACUUAUAGGCGUUUUUAUUUAGUAGUAUUUUUCGAUAUUGGUCAUUCCAUUUGUCUAACCGUACUCCUAAUUUUUAUAUUAACAUUAUCAACAUUUAUACUGCAUCACCCCAAUUAUUAUGCAAUAUAAAUGUUGGUGAUUAUAUACAUAUAUGCUGAAAUUUUAAGCAAGUCGGGAUGUUCAAUAUAUUGUGAUAUAAUAACAAUAAAAAACGUGUAGACAAAAAAGGGAUAUAUAGUUCAAAAUUGUAUUGCUUCUUUUAUUUUUUAUUUGUAUAUAUUUUCAUUAUAAGGUUAUGCAAACAAGACUGAAAAUUUAUUAACGUAAAAAUCCGUCGUAAAUUUAAAAAAAAAUGCCACCUUUGUUAUUCAAUGUAACCCCUAUAAGUAAACACACAAUCCUUCCAUAUUUAAUGUAUGGGUGUAAAUAACAAAUAAAUGUAUGGUAGCUAUAGUUAUUAGAAUUAUCCCAAAAAUUAGACUAUUUCUACAAAUAUAUUUUCCUAAUAUUGCGUUUAAUUUUUGCGAUAUUUCUUCUUUUACUACACUCAUCAACAUUUAUCAUCCCAUUAAUAUGAUAUAUGUAUAAAGAAAUAUGCCCUU